UUAAAGAGAAGCUUUAGACUUUAUUCUGAAGAGUUCUCAUGUCAGAGUCUGAAAAAAAAUUCUCCAUGAACUUUACAUCUGCAACAACAGCAACAACACCAUUUUACAAUGAAGAGGAGAUUUCAUUAUGUUUAAAAGAAGACAGCCUGAGGUUUGGUGCUGCCAUUGUACCGGCCUUUUACUAUGUUAUAUUCAUAAUAAGCUUAGCAGGCAAUGGUCUCAUUUUGUUCCUGCUGCUUAAGUACGAGAAGCUAAAGACUGUUACAAAUUUCUUCAUCUUCAAUCUGGUGAUAUCUGAUCUAAUGUUUGCUAUCUCGCUCCCAUUCUGGGCUUUCUAUCAUAGUAAUCAAUGGGUCUUUGGAAAUGGCAUGUGCAAGAUUUUGUCAUCAAUAUUUUAUACUGGCUUUUUCAGCUGCGUUUUAUUUUUGACCAUGAUGUCAGUAGACAGGUAUUUGGCUGUUGUCCAUGCUGUAUCUGCUUCUAAGACAAGAAAACUUCUCUACGUUUAUAUUGCCAGCAUAGUCAUUUGGUGCAUAAGUCUCCUGUCUACAAUUCCUAAAUUUAUUCUUUAUGGAACAAGGAACAGCACCAUUUAUGGAAUAAUAUGCGAGGAAACUGGAUACACACUUGAGAAUAUAGAAAAAUGGAAGAGAAUUGGCUAUUAUCAGCAGACUAUUGUGUUUUUCUUCGUACCACUCCUUGUGAUUCUGUUUUGCUACUCUUUAAUUGUGAUCAAGCUACACCACACCAAAAUGCACAAUAAGGAUAAAGCUGUGAAACUGAUAUUUAUUAUUGUGCUUGCAUUUAUUAUCUGCUGGACUCCUUAUAAUGUUGUACUUUUUUACAAGGUUGUAGACGAUAUGGACUGUGAAAGUGACUAUAUAUUUUACGUCUGUCGUAACAUUGCUUAUUUUCAUUGCUGCAUUAAUCCGUUUUUCUAUACUUUUGUUGGUACCAAAUUCCGCAGACAUCUAUCAGCAAUAUUUGGAAAACGUGGCAUUUUGAGAUUUAAGUAUAGAAGCACCAGUUUAAGCAGUAAAACAAGUGAAUAUUCUCCUCAAACUAUUUACGAGUAAAGUGUAAUAUUUUCAAGGCUUUUUAAUCUGUUUUUAAUUUGACAGCAGUUUUAUAUUUUCUGCUAUUAAAAGGGCUAACAUACAUGUGCAUUUGCACAAUUGUUUAUUGACAUGUUUAGUUACAGCGAGCACACAGUAUCUCUUAGAAUCUGCAUUUUUAGAUUUUUUUUAUUUUUAUUAUUCUAAUGCUACUCACAUUAUUAACACAAAAAGAACACAGUUAGUAGAGGAAUUUGGUAUUUUCAUAUAAAUAUCCAGAAUUCAUAUGAAUAUCAAGAAUCCAAAAUAAGAAUUCACCACUUCUGCUAUGGCAGGUUUACUAUACACAUUGAUUAAUAGUAAUACUAGAAUAUUGACAUUUACAAUAUGCACAUUAAUUUGCUUUACCAAUUAUUUUGUUUGCAUGCUUGUUUGUUUCCAUAACAUAUAUUAAAUAGAUAUAUAGACAGAAAUAAAUAUAUGUUAAAAUAUAAUAAAUAUGCCAAUUCAUGAGAACUUAAUGGAUCAGUAAAAAAGUCUUAAAUAUUUGCAUUUUGCUUAUUACAUACCAUAGACAACAUACACAUUGAUAUUGUAAACUUUAAUUUUAUGUUGGCUUAGAAAAUAUUUUGAUCUUUAAAAAACAUACAUAUUACCUAAGAUAUACAUGUAUGUGAGCUUUCAUCAAAAUAAUGAAUCUACCAAAGUAUUUAAAAUUACCGUUG